GGUCUUUGCAUAAUAGGCAACUGAGCUACUUCCGUGUGGUUUGUUUGUGCGGGGCUUGGCUUUGUAAGACAUCUGUCUCUAGACUCUCCGUGCUAUACGAUAAUUCACUGCAAACGAAGGUGUUACUCAGGCUGGACGCGUGCUUUGGAAGAAACACACUCUGGAAGAAUGAUGCACAUGUUGGGCCUCCUUAUCAUUGUCGUCUCAGUGACAUUAUGCGAUGCACAAUGCUGGCUGACAAGAAUUGAAUCUGAUGCACAAGGCUGCAUUGAUGAGAAUGGAGUGCUACAUGAAUUCAACUCCAAAUGGAAAACGAAGGAUUGCCAGAGCUGUAGCUGUAGCAAGGAAACAAUGGGGUGCUGCAGCCUCGUUAUCACCCCUAGGAUCUAUGACGAAGAGAAAUGUGAAAGUAUAUUCUACGAGGAGACCUGUAGCUACAAAGUGGUGGAGAAGGCCGACCCCUCUAAGCUCUGUGAGGUCCACGGUGCCGUAGGCUAACAAACAACCCAUUCAGAAUCAAGAUCGGCGUCUGGGCAAAUCCUUUUGGAUCACAGUUGUUUUUAAGUGUCCUUAAGCAAUUCAGUGUGUGAGAA